AUGGAUACUACGGUCAUGGAAAUCAACUCUAACGUUCCUGUCAGAAAUGCUCCGCCUUGUUUUUUCUAUGGCUCUCUCAUGGAGUCCAAUGUCCUCAAUGCUGUCACACGACCAAAACCCGAUGCUGAGCUAUUUAGUGCGCGUGCUUCCAUCAAGAGGAUUUCUAUGGGAACCAGGAAGGAUCUGAAACCGAUAUGUCUCUACUUGCAGGGUUAUACCAGAUACACAUAUCAUAACCAGCCAUUUCCUGGAAUGAUCCCGUCAGACGAUGCAGAAGAGAUCGUUGAAGGCCUCUUGGUAUUUGGUCACUCGGACCUCGAACGUCAUCGCCUAGACCAAUUUGAAGGGCCUGAAUACCCCCGUAUUGUAUGUUCUGUCACUGUCCAUGAAAAAGUCCCCGCCAGGUUUACGAUCAACAAGCUCAACGACUACGAACCCGAGACGGUCAUGGAUGCUUUUGUGUAUGUUUUCAAGGGACCCAUCGAGCAUCUGGAUUUGAAGAGGCCCUGGGAUUACGAAGCAUUCAAACAAGAGCAUGUUUUGGCCUGGAUGACAGCUGAUGCCACCUUCAAGAGCAUGGUAGAACGUACAGAAAAUAGAAUUCUUUUACAAAGCUAA